CCCCCUGUUCCAAAGCCUCCACCUCCACCUGAUCCAAAACCUCCCCCUGCUGCCCCUAAUCCGUGGCCUCCUCCUGAUCCAAAACCUCCACCUCCUCCUGAUCCAAAACCUCCACCUGCUGCCCCUGAUCCGUGGCCUCCUCCUGAUCCAAACCCUCCACCUCCUCCUGAUCCAAAACCUCCACCUGCUGCCCCUAAUCCGUGGCCUCCUGAUUUCAACCCUCCACCUGCUCCCCCUGAUCCAAAGCCUCCGCCUCCCCCUGAUCCAUACCCACCACCACUACCAAGUCUUCUUCCUGACAAACCACCAGCACCAGCACCACCAAGUCUUCUACCUGUUAAACCACCACCAGAGAAGCUCCCACCACCACCACCACUACUUCCUCCUCCAGAAGAGAAUGCAAAUGCAGUACCUCCUCCACCCUUUCGUCCACUGAAAGUCCCCACAACUCCUUCGCCAUCACGUGUUUUAAACGUUUUAAACGUUGAAUGUCCAUCCCCAUGUUUACCAGCCCUUCCCAAACCUCCCCCAGAAGUUACUAUUACACCCCCUCCUCCACCUUUUGAACUUUCAUAA